AUGGCAUUCACCGCCGGGCAGGCUCGCGCAAUCGAGAUUACUGAGCGAGUUGGCUCCUCCAUUUCAUUAUUAUGUUCUUGCUCAGUCAUUGCCACCUUCUUCUUCACUAAACAUGAUCAAACGCCUGUUCAAAGACUUAUCUUCUUUGCCACGUGGGGGAAUGUCUGGUCUAAUAUAGGCAUGCUCAUUGCUUUAUCCGGGAUUUCACGAGGAGAGGACUCGGCGCUAUGCCAGUUCCAAGCGUUCCUAAUCCAAUGGUUUCCACCUGCCGAUGCAUUUUGGUCACUCUGCAUGGCGCUCGAUAUAUUCUUGACCUGCUUUCGAAGAUACGACAUGACAAUGCUACGACGCCUUGAGUGGAAGUACUUUCUCUUCAGCUAUGGCACGCCCUUCAUCCCAGCAGUAGUUUUUCUGUUCAUCGAGACAAGCACAAAAGGGAAGGUAUACGGAUCAGCUUUCGUAAGAGAAUCCAAUGCCUUGAACAUGUCCACUAUUGAUUGGCGCAUUCUCUAUUUGGUCGUAUAUUAUGUGCCGAUUUGGAUUGCGAACAUCCUCACUAUAUCUAUAUACAUCUGGACCGGCCGUGAGAUCAUUCAGAGUCGGAAGCAGCUUCAACAUGUUGUGUUUGAUGCAGAGUCGCCUGAACACCUUCCAGACGGCACCUCUGGGUCUUCUGUGCGUCGACUCAUGUCAAGCCACGAUGCCGGUAGUGAGUUUUUGUGCCAAAAUACCAGUCAAUCAGGUGCGCCACUUAUCAUGCUGUUGUUUGCGUACCAUGCGGUUGCGACGAAGCUGUCUUUACCGCACAUCUCCUACUUCCCGCGAAAGAAAUCGUUCCUCGGUGUCAAGUAUGGCUCAUACACAGGCCACCGUCUGGCCUUUUGCAAAGCGAGCUUUAAUGUUUUUCAUCUCAAUGCUACUUAUAUGGGUAAGAACCAUUCGAAGCAAUUCCUACCUUGA